ACUGCCAGAGGCGAAAGGAACGGCGGAGCUCUUCUUGAUCGUCGUCUUCUCUCCGCCAUUGGUGCGGGCUGCGGAUGCUCCUCUGCUCCGUUACGGUGAGGAUCCACUUCUCAUGCCGGAAUCUGCAGGCUUCCAUCGCUAGCUUUUACCUGAAACCCAAGCCCCAUUUCCGAAUUCAAGUGGCUGGAAACCUGCAAUGAGGUUCUAUUUCUAUGAUUCUGCCUGGCUUCAAUGGGAUGAUUGAUUGGGGGGCUCCGUUUACCCUCAGUUGUCCAAUCAAUUGGUGGUGGCUGCGGGUCCGGUCGAGAGGAAUCGAUCUCGGGAGUUGAAUUUGGUCUACAUAGUUGGAAUAUACUGAUUACUUGACUGUGCCAUUUGAAAAGGGGUGUCCUGUGAUGCGGGAGAUAAUCGAACUCGGGUUUCGACCUUACCCUAUCACACAAUGAACAUCCUAUAUGUGAGGGCUGCAUUCUUCUGAGAAUAAAAUUUCUGAAGCUGUGAAGAUAAUUGGUGAAGUAUUAGAGGCUGCCAAUGAUCGAACAUGGAAUUCACCCCGAUUCCUCCACCUACAACGCCUUGGUAAAAUGGUUUACGCCGGCACUCAACAUGAAAAUGUCGGUGAGAAUUCCAGUAUGCAUUGUAUGUGCGGUUUUUAUCGAUGCAAAGAGGCUGAGAAACUAUCAUCUGCAUUUGAAACAGACCGGAAAAUGUUCCGGUGGAUGCGCUCUGUAACUAGGGAAUGGUUCACGAAGUGGAAAGUUGUACUCGACUAGGAGUCAUGAGCCAUAAGGAGAUGGAGCCUAAUGUCUUUGUGUACAAGUCAUCAUCGGGUGGCUACUCCAAACUGCAUGGUUGAUGCUAAUAGAUCGUAUGAGUUGAUGGCUGGGAGGGGUUUGUCACUUGAUGUUGCCACCUACGACCUAUUGAUUCGGGGGUACUGCAAAGUUGAAAAGAUUGCUGAAGCAUUGAUCCUACGGGAAAAAAUAUCCGAAGCAGUUCUGAUUGAUGGCUCGGAGAGUGCCGGGAAACUCCAAUAUGUGGAAGAGCUCUUUUGUUCUUCUAGUGAAAAGGGACUUCAACCUGAUGUUUGGACGUUUAAUUCACUGAUUAAAGGUUUCGUAUGAAAGAUGCAUUCCAGAUGGUGUCUCUUACCAUGUCCCAAUUACCAGACUUCUGAGAAUCAGUGAAAAGUUAAGAGCUCGUGCAAAUUUUUCGGUAGGUGGUUGGAGAGGGCAUCUCCCGGUAUAUAUCGACUGGGAAGUUGCUAAGAGGUGUACUUUAUUUGAUGCAUCACACCUAAGAUGAAAAGCUGGAGGAUCAAAGAUGUUACUCAUGCAAUGACAUUGUUUCAACCAGUCGAGGAUGAAGAUCACACGCAAACUAAAGUUCCCGGUGUCCCCAUCGAUGUCCAGUGAGCUCCUUGAAGAAAUGGGAGAGGCGAUUGUGCGACUCAGAAUUACUAAUAUGCGUUAUAAUCGGAGCGUCGAUCGAGUCAUUAGAGUGUUUUCACGGAAUGAGUUUACGGUAUCUGCACCCUCAUGAAUGCAGUAUUGCUUGAGAUAAACACCUUUGUGCCAUCAACGUCUUCGUGAUGUCGAAAUACUAACUAUGAUCAUCGACAAAGCUUUAUCCAAUCUAUCGACGGUCUCGGACUGAAUAACGAACCGAACAAUUUCUGAUCCAACGCUUCCACAACAAUUGGAAGAGAAAUUUGUUGUCGACAAACGUUGUGGUUAUAACGACAUCAGAAGCUAACUUCCAAAACUGCCUGAGCCUCAAAAAAAUCGCGGCGACUGGCUGAAACUGAAGACUGAAGAAGAAAAGAAAGAGCUUCAGCUUCUGCCUUCUGCAACAAAAAUGGCGUCCCUUCUUUCCUCUCAUCUCCUGGCCAAUCUCUCUUCAUCUUCCCCACUUCUCUUCCACCCAUAUCCCCAUUUUGCCUCUAAUGUCGUCUCGAUUAAACAUGUCCCUCGUAGCAGGAAACCCAACUUGUCUAAAUCCCUCACUGUCCCAUUUGCAGUAACGGAAUCGGAUUCUCCGAAAUUCAUUGAACCCAACUCCCAGACCCUUCUUCAAGAACUAGCUAAAAGUUUUGAUCUUCCUUCAGACUACUUUGCGCAGUUGCCUCGCGACAUUCGGUUAGAUCUUAAUGAUGCUGCUUUUGAUCUUUCGAAGGGACCUGUGAUCGACGAGUGUGGUGAGGAGCUGGGAAAUAUACUGCUGAACUUAUCCAGAGCAUGGGAGAAGGCAGAUACGUCAACUUCUCGAGCUCUAGCAGGCAAGCUCCCUCUACUGGAGAGCUCUCUAACAAACAACUCUAAAUCAGCAUUUGGCAGGCGUUUAGUGUCUGCUGGAAGGAAGUUUCAGUCCAUGGGACAGUACGGGGAAGGUGAACUCGCAACGAUUGCGAAGGUGAUGAUUGCAGCAGGGAAGAGCUUGACUUCAGUCCCAGUAUCCGAUACACCAACUGAAAAACCCAACGUCGAAGCUCGAAUGUUCAAGUUUGGAGAACUCCAGGUUGAAAUUACUUCAGAUAAAGCCAACAUUGGAGCUGCAAUCAGUUUGGCAUUCGGGGCUCUUUCAUGGGGUCUUACUCAGGGCAUCCAAAACAUUCCAGAAAGCUCCUUGCAGUAUGCAAAUGAUAAUGCCUUGCUACUUGCAAAGUCUUUAAGGGGUGCCCUCCUUGCACUUGGAUACUCAUCUACCUUAUUAUCUGGAUUUACAUCUGUCGGUCUUCUUUUGCUCGGACAGCAACUCAAGUCUGAGAGGAAGUGAGCUUCUCCCCUGAUGAGUGUAAAGGAUCUUGAGGUAUUGAUUCUCGUCGGUAGAAAGUCACCGGAUUGUACAGAAUCUUUGUGAUUAUUUACGAUAGUGUCUUUAACGGUAUAGGAGAGUCCAUCUGGCAACCCGACUAUGUGGAGUAUACCGCUGUUUCUCAAACAAUGUUGAGAAAACCCGGGAUUCUUGAACUUGUCAAGCAAACAGUAUGAUAGACAUCAUCUUCCCUGCAGAUUUAACAUUCUGUGGACCGCUACAUGAUUCUCCGUGAAUUUUUUAGUGCAUCUCAGUGACAUUGAGCAUUGAACAUUUCCUUAAUGUAGUUUAGUGUCAUGUUACGUACGAGCUUUCGGCAUCAUAUCAUGGGUUGGUUCAUUGUAGCUGUCCGCUGUUUAAUUACAAUCGGAUAGACCCUCAUGUAAUACUUUACUCUGCUGACAACUUCAUAACUUGAAUAUUCUAUCAGAUUCCCUGCUCA